GGUUGUUACCCACAAGGCGCCUCCUGACGCGCGCUCUCAGUCUGCACAGCAUGUAAUGUGCCGUUUAAUUCAUUACUAGACUAUUAGACGAUCAGAAGCAACAGACAGAAGACAUUCCUUCGGGUCAUGUAAGAAAAACCAAACACCAGAGAAUUUUCUCCGCCAGUGUUUUUUAGCGCGGAGAGAUGGGAGCCGUGCGCCCGGAGAGGAGCGCUCCGCCGCGGCUGUGCCUCCUCCUCCUGCUGGGCUUCUCCGUGUCCUCCUCGGCGGCCUGGGACCUGGUUCUCCUGCACACCAACGACGUACACGCCCGGGUGGAGGAGACCAGCAAGCACUCCGGGAAAUGCGGCAGCAGCAGCAGCCAGUGUUUCGCCGGAGUUGCCCGAAGAGCCACGAUGAUCAGGCGGAUCCGCGACGCCGCGAGCAACGUGCUGCUGCUGGACGCCGGAGACCAGUUCCAGGGGACCGUGUGGUUCAACUACUACAAGGGAGCCGAGGCUGCACACUUCAUGAACAAACUGAGCUAUGAUGCCAUGGUUUUUGGAAACCACGAGUUUGAUAACGGAGUGGAAGGACUCAUGCAGCCGUUCAUGGAGCAGAUAAAGUGUCCGGUCCUCAGCGCCAACAUCAGAACAGACCAGACUCUGGCGGCGACGUUCGGCAGCUCUUAUCUCCCAUAUAAGAUCCUCAGCGUAGGCGGUCAGCGGGUCGGUGUGGUGGGAUACACAUCAAAGGAAACUCCCGCUCUGUCCAAACCUGGACCGCACCUGCAGUUUGAGGACGAGGUGCCGGCUCUGCAGCUGCAGGUGGACAAACUGCGGACGCUGGGAGUCCAUAAGAUCGUCGCUCUGGGUCACUCGGGCUUCACUACGGAUCAGCUCAUCGCCAAGAAGGUCCGCGGAGUGGACGUGGUCAUCGGCGGACACAGCAACACGUUCCUCUACACAGGAUCCCCCCCCUCCUCUGAGUUCCCGGCAGGUCUUUAUCCGUUCAUGGUGCAAUCAGACGACGGGCGGCAGGUUCCGGUCGUGCAGGCCUACGCCUUCGGGAAAUACCUGGGUCAUCUGACGGUGACCUUUGACGAUGCGGGGAACGUGCUGAAGGCCACGGGGAACCCCAUCCUGCUGAACGGCAGCAUCCCGCAGGAUCCAGAAACUCUUGCCGACGUGGAGGAAUGGAAGAAGAAUCUGGCCAACUACUCGGCUGAGGUUGUGGGAAAAACUCUGGUGUUCCUGAACGGGAGCGCCGAGGAGUGUCGAUUUCGGGAAUGCAACCUGGGAAAUCUGAUCUGUGAUGCCAUGAUCAACAACAACCUCAGGUUCUCAGAUGACCUUCAGUGGAACCAGGUCAGCGCCUGCCUCUUCAACGCGGGAGGCGUCCGCACAUCCAUUGACGAACGCACCAGAAAUGGUUCAAUCACCAUGGAGGACCUGAUAUCCGUCUUACCUUUCGGAGGAACCUUCGACCUGGUGCAGCUGAAGGGCUCCACCCUGUUUAAAGCCUUCGAACACUCAGUGAGGCGAUACGGCCAGAGCACCGGGGAGUUCCUCCAAGUGUCCGGAUUUCGAGUAGAGUUUGACUUUUCCAAACCUGCGGGGCAUCUCGUGAAGAGCCUCAGCAUCCUCUGCACAAAGUGUCGAGUUCCUCGCUACGAGCCCGUGGAGGAGGAGCAGGUUUAUAAAGUGGUGCUGCCGUCCUACAUGGUGAACGGCGGAGACGGGUUCUCCAUAAUCCAAGCCGAGAUGCUCAAACACAACAGCGGGGAUUUGGAUAUUUCAGUCGUGUCCAACUACAUCACGCAAAGAAAGAUAGUUUAUCCAUCUGUUGAAGGACGCAUCAAGAUCUACAAUUCAGCUCCUGGACAAAGCGCUCCACUGGUUGCACUGGUUUCGCUGCUGUGGACUCUGUGUGGGAACAUGUGAGGCGGACUUUACCCAGACACACACAAAGCAAUGUUUUUAACCAAACUGCACGUGCAACUUGAAGAACUAACAGGACUGAUGGACGUCAACAGGACUGAACAUCUGACUGCACAAAUAUAUGAUUAUAUUUUAUUAUUAAUUCUAUUUUACAGUUAUUUUUAAUGGAAAAGGUAAGCCCGACAAAGAAACAACCAAGACUCAAAUCUCGUGUUUCAUAAUCUCAUGAAAUAAAAACACUCAAGAAGUUCA